UUCAAGCAUCGACGCCAAACUCAAAACUAACUUAGUUGUGUCGUGAUAUGUAAAAUCAAAGGGGUCUAAAAUGGAGCAGUACAAAAUAAUAAAUGCUGAAUUGAUGGAUCAAGUCCAAAAGCAGCGUAUAACUAUUUCUGAAAUGCUGAAAACCGAAGUCGUACUUAAAAGGCAGCUGCUGGAAGAACGCGAAAUACGCUUGGCUGAUGCUCAAUACAAUGAACAGAAACUGAAAUGCGCGAUCAGGACACUGCUUAAUUCUUUGGACAUAAAUUUUGAAAGUGACGAAGAUUCCCGUACAUCUCAAUCAUCGAAGGCAUUAGACAAUAUCAGGGCCAGCCCAUAUAAUAAUGAACAAGCUUGCUCGGAGCUGCGUCGUUCGAGCGAAAUACUUCAAAAAACAUUGCCUUUAUCUCCCAUCAGAAGGAGUCGGAGCAGCGUCUUAAGCUGCAACAGCUCACAGGAUGAGGAAAGCGAGAAUAGCACGACUACAAUUAGUCCCUGCAGUGAAAAGUUGACAAUCGUAAGGAAAACACCAGAGCCACGACAUUUGGUGGAGCUGGAGGCAAAUGUGAGCUCUCCACAAGCUCAAGACUCACCUGAGCCAGCGCCUACACCUUCGAAUCUAACUCCUGCAGCUGCUUAUUUGUAUUCUAUUAUUGAAGAAAGCGAAAUUGAAGAAAGCACUUUGUCGUCGUCCGUUGAUUCGAAUGAGACACUGCAGAAAUCACUAGCCUCUAGCAGUGACAUGGAGAUAUCAGCGUUGCCCUUGCGCGAUAUGACAAAUGUCCAAAACAGAGAGGCCAGGCUUAUUCCCACUGUAAAGAUCACGAAAGAACAGAGUCCGUCGGAAAUGACUUCAAAUAAGACAAAGAAAUGUAAUGUGAAGCAAACUUCAUUGGAUCACAAUAAUCCAAAUUUGGAAAAGACGAUGCUUGGCAAGAACGAGAGUGACAUCGGCAAUCAGGAGCCGAGCAUAGAGCAUGUUAGAGUUGCUGCUCAAACAAGUUUAUCAAUGCAGGUGACAUUGCCGUGUCCGUCCGUAAAUGUGGAACCCGUACUUACGCCGCGCCGUAGUCAAUUGAAUUUUAGCAGCUUCAACGGCAUAGUCAAUCGUCCAGGGGAUUGCAGUACUCCGCGCCAAGACGAAGCUACUUUAAAUGCAAGUUGGAAACGCUCCUCGACAAAGGCAAGAGGAAAACAGAUAAGAUGCUCUGCCACUACUAGCAUUGCUAUGAGCCGGACAGAUGAAACUACUAUAGAAGGCUCCAUGGAUAGUCGUACCAGACGUAAAUGUCGCCCUACCACGCUCAAGGAAGCUAGCUUACGCACCAAACUGCGCAACCAAGCGCAAACUAAAUAAAAGUUUGAUUGCUGCUCGGAAACUCGUAAUCAUUUUGCAUGCAUUUAAUAUUAUUUGUGUUUAAACUUUUCCUAGAAUCCAGUUUAAUAUAUUUGCUUUGGACGUAAGCUUACUUUAGCUUUGAAUAUGUUAAAUUGAUUCAGAAUUAACAGUCGUCUAUCUAUCAUUCACUGCUCUGCGGCAUGUGAGUUCAGAUUAAAAGUU